CCGGCACCGCGGCCGAGCGCCGGGCUCCAUGCGAGCCGCAGCAGCAGGGCUCACGGGACGUCUCCUCCUCCCCACGGUGCCAUGGAGCAGCUGAAGUGACCCCAGGAGCCGUCGCAGCCGUGCCCAGGAUGGGCUGUGUGCACUGCAAAGAGAAGGGCUCCGGCAAGGGGCAGCCGGAGAGCGGCCCCCCCCCGGCGCCCGCCUCCCAGUACGACCCCGACCCCACGCAGCCCGCCGGCGCCUUCACCCGCAUCCCCGACUUCAACAACUUCCACGGCGCGGCGGUGCCUGCGGCACCCGCCUUCGCCGCCCCGGGGCUCUACCCCGCCGGCACGCUGCCGGGGCGAAGCAGCGGCAUCACAGGCGGGGGCGUGACGCUCUUCGUCGCCCUGUACGACUACGAGGCCCGGACGGAGGACGACCUGACUUUCCAGAAAGGGGAGAAAUUCCACAUCAUCAACAACACCGAGGGCGACUGGUGGGAGGCCAGGUCGCUGAGCUCGGGCACCGCCGGCUACAUCCCCAGCAACUACGUAGCCCCCGUGGACUCCAUCCAGGCAGAAGAGUGGUACUUCGGGAAGAUGGGGCGCAAGGACGCCGAGCGGCAGCUCCUGGCCCACGGCAACGGCCGCGGCACCUUCCUCAUCCGCGAGAGCGAGACCACGAAAGGCGCCUACUCGCUCUCCAUCCGCGACUGGGACGAGGCCAAGGGCGACCACGUCAAGCACUAUAAGAUCCGCAAGCUGGACAACGGCGGCUACUACAUCACCACGCGCGCCCAGUUCGACACCGUGCAGCAGCUGGUGCAGCACUACAUCGAGCGCGCGGCGGGGCUGUGCUGCCGCCUGGCCGUGCCGUGCCACAAGGGAACGCCCAGGCUGGCCGACCUCUCGGUCAAGACCAAGGACGUGUGGGAGAUCCCCCGCGAGUCGCUGCAGCUCCUCAAGAAGCUGGGCAACGGGCAGUUCGGGGAAGUGUGGAUGGGCACGUGGAACGGCACCACCAAGGUGGCGGUGAAGACGCUGAAGCCGGGCACCAUGUCGCCCGAGGCCUUCCUGGAGGAGGCGCAGAUCAUGAAGCGGCUGCGGCACGACAAGCUGGUGCAGCUCUACGCCGUGGUGUCGGAGGAGCCCAUCUACAUCGUCACCGAGUUCAUGAGCCAGGGCAGCUUGCUGGAUUUCCUAAAGGACGGGGACGGCCGAUACCUGAAGCUGCCCCAGCUGGUGGACAUGGCUGCCCAGAUCGCCGCGGGCAUGGCCUACAUCGAGAGGAUGAACUACAUCCACCGGGACCUGCGCGCCGCCAACAUCCUCGUGGGCGACAACCUGGUGUGCAAGAUCGCCGACUUCGGCCUCGCGCGCCUCAUCGAGGACAACGAGUACACGGCGCGCCAGGGCGCUAAGUUCCCCAUCAAGUGGACGGCGCCGGAGGCCGCGCUCUACGGCAGGUUCACCAUCAAGUCGGACGUCUGGUCCUUCGGCAUCCUCCUGACGGAGCUGGUGACCAAGGGCCGGGUGCCCUACCCAGGGAUGAACAACCGGGAGGUGCUGGAGCAGGUGGAGCGCGGGUACCGCAUGCAGUGCCCGGGCAGCUGCCCGCCCUCGCUGCACGACGCCAUGGUGCAGUGCUGGCGGCGGGAGCCCGAGGAGCGGCCCACCUUCGAGUACCUCCAGGCCUUCCUCGAGGACUACUUCACCGCCACCGAGCCCCAGUACCAGCCGGGCGACAACCAGUGACCCCCCCCGGCCGGCCUGGGGGGGCACUUGUGGACAAUCCUCCCCUUUUCCGGAGGGGGGGGGUGUUACUCCCUUUGCCCCCCGCGAAUGCUCCCUGGGGGCUUGGGGGGUGCCCCGAGGGGCUUUGCACAAGGACCUCGGGGGGGGGGUGCAGAGCCCCCGCCCCGGCCGAGCGCAGCCCACUCUCGUUGCCUUCGCACCCAGCUUUUACCCGGAGAAGCGGCUCUGGAGCAGCGGCCCCUGCCGCGGCACGGACCCACGCUCGCCCCCACCCCCCCCAGGGCGACGGCACCCGGGGGGGGACCGAGCUGGGGUGGGAGGGCUUUGGGGAGGGGACGCCUACCCCAGGGUCCCCCCCACUUCCUCAGGGCACCUUAAGUAGCAUUAGCACAAGUGGGGGGGGCAAUCCCACAACAGCCCCCCACAAACACCCCUUGCCCCCCAGCAGCACAGGCCUUGGGGGCACCCAAGGGUGCCCCCCCCCGUGCCAGCCCCUAAGCUCCUCUCCCCCCGCUCAGCUCUGCGCAGCUGGGGGGGAGGUUCGAACCCCCCCCCCCCCAAAUCCUGGCACUGACCUGGGGAAGCUCACCCCACGCACCCCCCCAUAUAACUCAAAAAACCCCCCCAUAUAAUCUUUAAUUUAUAAGAUUUCACACCCCUCACCCCAGCAGCUGUCCCACUCCCACGGUUCCCUGUAUUUGGGGGGAUUUCCUUGUCCCCCCCCCCUUUUAUCUCCUCUCCUUAAAGCCGAGCCAAAUCCUGAAAGCCAUAAACCACUGCUUGCACUGGGGGGGGACAAGGGGUCCGGGGGGGUCAGGGCCACCGGCAGCCCUGGGGACGCCACGCUGGGCCC